AGCCGGCCCCGGCGGGACGCGGUGGCGGCACCGGCGGGGAAGAUGGCGGAGCCGGGGGCUGCGCGGAGCCACCCGCGGGCCACAGCUAUUGAUGGAUUUCUAAAAACUGAUGAAAGACAAAGACUGGCAAAGGAAAGAAGAGAGGAAAGGGAGAAAUACCUUGCUGCUAGGGAGCAGCAGAUACUGGAGAAGGAGAGAAGAGCAAAACUUCAGUAUGAGAAGCAAAUGGAGGAGCGAUGGAGAAGGCUGGAGGAGCAGAGGCAGAGAGAGGAGCAGAAGAGAGCAGCUGUUGAAGAAAAGCGGAGACAAAAGCUUAAAGAGGAGGAGGAGCGUUUAGAAGCCAUGAUGCGCCGGUCCCUCGAACGCAGCCAGCAGCUGGAACAGAAGCAGAAGCGAUGGUCGUGGGGAGGAGCACUGGCUGCAGGCUCAGGAGGCAGAGAUGGUGAAUCAGAAAAUACCCCACCCCCUGUUCUAGGUUUAGCUGCCAACACCCUUCCUCCAGACCCUGUGACCUCUACUGCUCCUGCUGAUUCCUUCAAUGCAUGUGACAAACUUUCAGCUUCUACAAUGAAUCUGCCAAAGCAAAUGGAGUCGCCGAUCAGUAAACGCCUCUCGUCCUCCACGGCGGCCAUAACGCACUCCCCCGACAGAGCACCAGCUAGUCCUCUUAAAUCUCCCUACAAGCCUUCCCCCACCCGAAGCACCGACAGGAAGAAGGCAACUUCACCCUCCACUGCCAAUGCCAUGAAAGGGGCACCUGCAGCUGAAGUUACUCAGACUGAGAAGAUAAAGAAGGAGAAGCGACCUGCAACACCUGGUUCCUCAUCUGGUAUGGGAUCUCCUCUGAGAAGGUCUGAUUCUCCUGCUGCUAUAUCCAGAAGAUCUGCAUCACCUGCAACACCUAAGACAGUUGCAAAGACUUAUCCUCAGUCUCCUAAAAACACCAAACAAUAUCCAGCUUCUCCUGUGAAGCAUCGUGCCACUUCCAACAGCAGCCAGGAAACACCUAAAAAGAAAGCAGACAAGGAGAAAGAGAAUGUCAGUCACCUGAAGUCCCCAGGAGCACGCACUGAUGACGUGGCUCCUGAGAAGCACGUGCCUUCUGCUGGAAAGGCUGAGAACACUGAAGGGAAGAUCACAGCAGGAACAAGUGAUGCAGAAGAAGCUGCAAAAAUUCUAGCUGAGAAAAGACGACAGGCCCGCCUGCAGAAAGAACAAGAGGAAAGGGAGAAACAGGAAAGAGAAGAACGAGAAAGGCUUGAAAGUGAAGAGCAGAAAAGAAAGGCAGAAGAAGAAAGACUUCGUCUGGAAGAAGAAGCUCGUAAGAAGGAGGAGGAAAGAAAACGUGAAGAAGAGGCAGCUAGAAAAAAGGCAGAGGAGGAAGCCAGGAGAAGAGCUGAGGAAGAACAAAUGCUAAAGGAAAAGCAAGAAAAAGAGCUCCAAGCCAAACUUGAGAAACAGAGGGAAGAAGCAGAAAUCAAAGCCCGUGAGGCAGCUGAACAGCUUCGUCUUGAAAGGGAACAAAUCAUGCAGCAAAUUGAGCAAGAAAGGCUGGAGCGGAAGAAGAGAAUAGAUGAAAUUAUGAAGAGAACAAGGAAGAGUGAAACCCCAGAAAUAAAGAAGGAAGAGCCAAAACUGGAGAUCCCAUCAACUUUGAAUGUGGAAAAGCAACCAAAGGCCCUUGUUCUCAACCAGCCAGAGAUCAAUGGAUUGGCGACCUGCCUGAAAAAUAAAAGCUUAGAAAGUGCUGCUUCUGUAAUCCCUUCCCAAGAUGUGGUUGCUAAUGGACUGAAGUCAGUUUCAGGACUUAUUCAGCUGGAAGCUGUUGAUGGGAAAUCUAACAGCAUGGAAGAUUCAACAGAUGAGGUUCAGUCCAUGGAUGUGAGCCCGGUUUCAAAAGAAGAACUUAUCUCUAUCCCUGAAUAUUCACCCAUGAAUGAACUCAUGCCAGGUGUUUCUUUGGACCAAAAUGGGACAAGUAAUGCCAAGGCUCUUGAAGACCUCUUGGAUUUCACAGGCCAAGCUACCUACUCCAAGAUGUCCAGUGAUACCCUUAGCCUAGAUGACUGUAACAAAAACUUGAUUGAGGGAUUUAACAGCCCAGGACAAGAAAAUACACUUAAUUCUAUCUGUUGACAGCCCUGCUUUUCAGCAGAACUGAUACAGAGAUAACAUUUUCUGGAGGAUAUAUAUCCCUGUGAUGCUACUGGCAGUAAAAUAUGAGCUUGUCACUUGAAAAAGCUUCUGCAGUCCUUGAACACUGGAUUUCAAAUAAUCAGAGCUGAAUAUAACUUGUCUUCCCAGGGAGUAUGUUGAGUAACUGGCUGCUUUUGGUAGAAACCAAUGAUCUAGAGCCUUGAUGUUUCAGGGGAGACAGUGUGCAUUAGAAUUUGAGCUUUAGCUGCUAAUAAAGCACUUAUAUCUUCUUUAAUUUAAAAUUCAUCUCAACACUUCACUGUGAUUUUUACCUGUGCAUUUUAUUUUUAAAUAAUUCUUUCCUAAGCUUGAUCAUGUCCUUCAUCUAUUUCCAUUUAGACAUCUUUUUCCUGUAAAUAAUGAUGGGGUUUGCCCACAGUGCAUUGAAACAAAAUAAUAUACUGUACUUUAGUUUUGUGCCUAUCUUUUUUUGUCUUUAAAAGGAGUUAAUGGCAACUUUUAUGAGGUGUGUAAUUCAAAACUGUAGCUGAAGAGGCUUGAAAAACAUAUAGCUGCUGGAAUCAAAAGAGCCUUCUUAUUGACUGUGGAGUAUGGGAGCUAUCCCUUUAUGAUUAUGUUGACACUUUUAGUCACUAGUGGCACUUACCAGUUAAUAUUAAUUAGUCUGGGAGCAACUAUCAACUGUGUUUGAAAUCAUAUUUGUGUAGCACUUGUAAGCAAAGUAUGCCAA